GGGAGAAAGAGAGAGACCGCCGUGCAGGGGGAGGGCCAGCAUAUGACCCCCCAUUUUCGAACGAAAAUGAAGAGAACUCCGCGCAGUAGCAUGUCAGUUUAGAGUUUGCUGUCCACAGAAUAGGAACUAUGUGAUGUGCGCCCUGAGAGGGGAAUUUGUGUAAAUAAACGCCCUGGGAAAAGCCCCAUCAAUUUUUUUGUUGUGAUUUUUUUGGAUUUGUUUCUUUUUGCGUCUAAUUUCACAUUAUCUAUAAAGGAUUAAUUGUGACACAAGGUGAUGGUUUUGUUUAUGCUGGGGCCUAUGGUGGCCGGAGUGUCGUAAAGCGGCGGCGGCUAGGCUUGGGCCUGGGGGCCGCCCCUUACUUUAAUGUGCAGCCCGUUGGAGAGGCCGCCCCUGUGCAUCAUGAACCACCUGAGUACUAUGUACGCUACCAAAAGAAGAAGACGAAAUAGCAAAAGUGUUCGUGUACCACCCAAAGAAGGCCAAACCAAAUCAAACCCCAGCAAAAGACAUCGUGAACGUCUAAACGCAGAGUUGGACACCUUGGCUAGUCUACUUCCCUUUGACCAAAACGUCCUGUCUAAGCUAGACAAACUCUCCAUUCUCCGAUUAAGUGUUAGCUAUCUCAGGACUAAAAGCUACUUCCAAGCUGCCCUCUAUCGGGAUCAGGAGAGAUCACAAGAGCAUAGCAUGAAAUCUCGAGAUCAUAUGUACAGUGACCUUCCUACAGAAGGAGAUCUCAUUCUUCAAGUAAGUCCUCCACUGACCAGCGUCUAG